AGUACGCUUGUACGUAACGGAGCGCCUUCAAACAUGGCUGACAAAGAAAACACGGUUAUGGAAGUCGAUAAGGGAAAGAAUAAACCUCUUGUUAAACAAGUUAAGCCUCAACAUGAUAACGUUACCCAAAAAACUGAAAACCAGGACAGUCCAGGAGGAAAGAAAGACGUCGUUACAAGUCGUGCCACGGCGGAAUAUUGCGAGAAGCUGCAGGCAUGGAUGUGGCAGUACUAUACUGGAUAUGUGAACUGGCAAAGCUGGCUGGCAGCGACAACCAUGUCCCACCCAUAUUAUAUACAACCAUCCAGCGGAACAUCAGCAGCUUUUGAUUUCAAUUCCCAGAACUGGCACAAUAGUCCGUUUGGGCUUCCACUGUUGCCUUAUCCACCUGCGGUGACCUCGCCGAGCAGUCGUGUAGGACAAGCCGUGGUAGGGGCAGCAGCGGCCGCUCAGCCGCAGCAGCAGCCGCAGGAGAACGGAAAUGCUCAGAGACCAGGUCGGGAGUACAGCAUUCCUUCACCUCUCCAAAGACUAAUGGCAGAGAUGGUGGAUUUUUGCAUAUUGUUUUUCAUCAAAGCAACCAUUAUCAUCAGUGUUAUGCAUCUCAGUGGAAUCAAAGAUGUUUCCAAGUUCGCCAUGCACUUCAUAGUGGAGGAGAUUGAUGAAGAUACAUCGAUGGAGGAGCUACAGAAAAUGAUGCUUGUUGCCCUUGUGUACCGUAUUUUAGUUUGUUUUUACGAGAUCGUGUGCAUUUGGGGAGCAGGAGGAGCCACUCCAGGGAAGUUUCUCAUCGGACUCAGAGUUGUCACAUGUGACUCAUCAGUUCUGGUUCAGCCCAACAGGAUACUUGUAAUGCCAGCAACAAAUGUCUCUCUGUCUGCAUCAACUGUCCGAGCAUUGAACAAAAACUUCUCGAUUGCCUUCUUUUUCCCCGCCUUUAUCACGCUACUCUUCUUUCAACACAACCGGACUGUUUACGAUAUGGUUGCUGGAACAAUUGUUGUCAAACGGUCCAGGGUCAGAUGACACUGAGGUAGCCAGAAGAGGUUUCUAGUGUCACUCUGAACAGUCACAAUGGGAUGUAUUUAUAUUUUUAUUAAAAAAAAUGCUCACAAAGCUCGGACAUGGCUAUGUUGAGGAACACAGGAGAUUUUGAAACACAUCAGUAUGAAGCAUUUCAGGGUUUUGUUUGUUUCUGACACACUGUUUUUCUGCAUGUAUGUCUACAUGCUGCUUUCAGCAUCUGUUCCUGUGCCACAAGUUUGAUUUGAACACAGGAACAAUGACAGUAUAUGCACCUUUUUAUUAACACAAGCUUUGCCUUUAUUCUUUAAAAAGUAAUUUUCCAGAUUUUGGGUGAAUGUGAAGUAUAUGUCAGUAUUUAAAUAGUUGUUCUUGCAUUAAUGAGAUUUGAACACUUGUAUCUCUUUAUUUUAACCCCGUUUCCAAAUACAGUAUGUUGGGAUGAGCGGGGAUUUGUAGAACAAUAAACCCUGUAUUAACUUAUAACACAAACACAACACGUCAAAAGCUUGUGACUGGGGAAUUUUAUUAUUUGACUAAAAAAAAAAAAAAAAAAGAAGAAUGUUUCCUUUUAAAUUUGUUGCUUGCAACACGUAUAUAAAAA